AUUUCAAAAAAACUAGAGAUUGCUAUAGGUAGUUAAAGAUUAAAUUAUUAAUUUAUUAUAUCGAUCGUCUUGCGUACCUACAGAUCAUAAAUGAGGAGCAGACUUUCAAAAAGCAGUUUGUCCAAAAUUGCAUUUUUGCAUGAGAGAACAGAAACUGUCCUUCUUUUAAGAAAAAAAAAGCUUCCAAAAUACCUCCUCAAGAAUAAUAUAUUCUGUAACAAGUUUAGAAUAUCAUAUUCUGGCCCAAUUGCAAAAGUUUGUCUCACAAGCCGAAAGCGAGUGUGUAAUAUGCCAUUCUAAAGGAGUUCCAGGAUUACAAAAUAUAUAUUCUGUAAUUAAAAAUUAACCAAGAAUAUUGUUAUUCUAUAAUAGUUGUACAAAAAAAAAAUUUUUGAUUUUUUUGUUCAUUUUUGGUCGAUUUAAAUAAAGUGAGAUUUAAAUACUACAGGAUAUAAUGUGGUUUCCAGACUGCUAAAUGAAAAUAUGAGAUUUGUUCAAUAAGAGAAAUUGGCUAUAAAAAAGUUAAUAAAAGAAUGCUUGGGGUGAUAAAGUUUAUUCAGUGUGAACGAUGAUCCGGAUGAUCCUAAUUAAUUUUCGUUUGAAGGUUAUUGACUGGUGUUCGAGUAACAUUUAAAAAAAUUAAUAUUAAUACUUUAGAGAUUUGCUCGAAAAUUUGUUCAAAGUUUAGAAUCCUUCGCAUAACUAGUAUUCGGGAAUUUUUGUUACAUACCGUUGUAAAUAUUUAUUUCUGCCUGUCAGCCUUGAAAUACUAAUACGCUCAUUUUGAUGUUUUAUGUUUACCAGCAAUGCCUAUGUUUGAGACUGUGUUGUUUAAAAUUAUACUUUAACCUUUAAUGUUAACAGUAAUCAAUAAUUUUCUCAAAAUUGUAAACAUAAUGGUUAAAGGUUCGUAAAUGAUAAAUUUUGAUUGCAUUUUGGAAGGAUAAGCCGCCUUAGUUGUUUUUGUAAAUGCGAUAUGUAGUUAGUAGACGAUACGUUCAUCAUGUUCAAAUAUCUGUUAAUUCUCGCUCUCACGAGUUACAUAAAUGCCGCAGAAUCUCCGAUCAUUGGGAUUUUAUCCCAAGAAGCUUACUUAGUUAAAGAUGCAUAUCCAGACGCUGACAGCUUCAUCGUAGCUUCCUACAUAAAAAUCCUGGAAAGUAGUGGUGCUCGAGUUUUGCCAAUUUGGAUAGGCCAAGAUGCGGCGUAUUACCAAAGGGUGGUGAAUUUUACUAACGGCAUUCUAUUUCCCGGCGGAGGGACCUACUUUAAUGAGACGGGAGGUUAUGGCGAGGCAGCAAAACAGCUUUAUGAAUUAGCCGUCAAAACUAACGAGAAGGGAGUUCAUUACCCUGUGUGGGGUAUAUGUUUGGGUAUGCAGGUGUUGAUGUAUGGGGCGUUGGGCAGGGAUAUUCGAGGGGAUUGCCAAUCGAAGGACGUCGCUUUGCCUCUGGAGUUUGUCGCAGGUUAUGAAGACAGUAAACUAUUUUCCAAAGCCUCGUCUCAGCUUCUCGAAAAUUUAAAGACUAAGAAUUUGACAUACAAUUACCACCGAUAUUGUAUCUUUGAAGAUGUUUUAAAGAAUAACAAUUUAUUAAAAGACUGGCGGAUUAUUUCAAAAAAUAAAGACAAGAAUGGUUUGGAAUUUGUUUCAUCGAUGGAACAUGUGAAUUAUCCGUUUUUUGGAACGCAGUUUCACCCGGAGAAAAAUCCUUUCGAAUUUAAAAAAACUACUGUUCCUCAUUGUCCAGAAGCAGUGGAACUUGCUCAGUAUUUUGGAAACUUCUUUGUUAAUGAAGCUAGGAAAAAUAAUCACACAUUCGAGAACAAAAAAGUGGAAGAAGCUUCGUUGAUUUACAAUUUUAAUCCAGUGUACAGUAUCUACAACACAUCUUAUGAGCAAUUAUAUUUGUUUAAUGACAAAGAUUACAGUAGAAAGUUGUUGUAGGCUAAUAGGUUUUAUUGUGGUGGUUUUAACUUGUUGUAUUUGAGUAAAAAACAAAUUUUGAAAUAAAAGACUGCUGAUAUA